CGUCAAUCCAUCGGUUGUCAGCCAUCUCAGUCCUGUCGAUGCAGCCCGCUCUCUCACUCAUUCACACGUCGCUGCAGCCCACCAUAUAUACACACAACCACACCCAUCCAUCCAUCCAUCCAGCCAUCCAUCCAUCCAACCAGAAACGAACACAAACAAAAACGCAAACAGACAGGCAGCCAGGAACAUGGACGAGCAGACAGGCAGGCAGGCAGGCAGGCAAAGCGACUGCUGUGCGACAAAGAGAGAAAGACAAGCCUAGGGCAUAAAUCAAUUCAUGGGUGUCUCUGCCUGCCGCUGUCCAUCCCACCACCCACCCGUGUGUACAGCCCGCACUCGUCGGUACACAGGUGUCCUAGCAUCCAUCCAUCCAUCCAUGUGUGUGUGUGCGCCGGCAGUCGUGUCCCUGUCCAUCCAUUCGCCCACGGUCCCUCUGUGCGCAUCUCUGUCGCCACCCGGCAACUCCAAGGCACCAACACCACACAUGGGCUGAUACUCUGAGGUUGCAGCUCGGCGGACGAGAUGCCCACAAAAGGGGGAGGGACACACGACAUACACACAAACACGCCCAUCAUGCCAUCCAUCCAUCCAUUCAUCCGGCCAGAAACAAACACAAACAACAACAAACAAACAUGCUGCCAUUCCACGUCCGUCAAUCCGUCCAUCAGUCAAUCCAUCCAUCCAUGCAUGCACCAUCUGUCAGUCAGUCAUCCCUCGCCUCUAGCUAGCCACUCACUCAGUCGCCUCCCCUAUAACAUCAGCACACUCACACCCAUCCAUCCACCCUCUGCAGUAGCCCUCCCGCUCACACUCUCCCCUCCCUCUCCCUGCCUGCUCAUCCCAACCGGGUGCCGUCUACUGUUACUCGCUGUUGCUGCUGCUACUGUUGCUGGCUAUGGCUGGCCUGGCGUCAUACGGGCGGUCGCGGCCUCGUGGCGCCCGGGUUUGGCUGUGGCUGGACGGCACUGUUGGGCGGCAUGGAGGGCAUGGCGCUGGGCGGUGCAGCCGGGAGGGGCAUGCCAUAGGGGGGCGGCUGUGCGAAGGGGAAGCCGCCAAGAGGCGAGUAAACCAGAUGGGGCGGCAUGAUUGGGGGUGGGGGAGGGGGAGGGGGAUCGCCUAAGCCCCGAUGAAACGCCCACACUUCCUCGAUCUCGGCGGGGGUUAGUUCUCGUAUGUCAGCUGAGACAUUGAGCUGUGGGGAUGGAUGACCCGCCAUCGACGCACCGGCUGCCGCACCGGACGAGCCAUGGCCGCUGGGCGGCUGAGGGGCCUGCUGGUGCAUCGUCAGCACUGGGCGAGCAACACCCUGCACGGCACAGGCAGACAGACAGGCAGACAGACAGAAAGACACACUUGUGUUUCCCUUUUCUUGACCCUGCCUGCCUUGUACCUGCUGCUGCUCAAAUGGAUGCGAUGUGGCUACAGCUACUCCAGGACCACCAAACGGCUGCAGACAGAGCCACACACGAACACCACAGCAACAUGACUGACAAUAAAUACCUUUGAGAUCUGUGUAUCUCUUGCUGUCGUACCGGUGCUGGUGGUGCAUUGGGUGGAGCUGCAUGGCCAUGUGCCGCAUAAGGGGCGGCUGCCGACCCAUCACCACCGCCACCCCCACCAUGUGGAGGGGGAGGGGGAUCGCCUAAGCCCCGAUAAAACGCCAACACUUCCUGGAUUUCCUCGUAGGUUGGUUCUCGUAUGGCAGCUGAGCCGUUGAGCUGUGAGGGAGGACCCGCCAUUGACGCACCGGCUCCCGCACCAGAGGGAGGGGGAUCGCCUAAGCCCCGGCAAAGCGCCGCCACUUCCUUGAUUUCGGCGAGGGUCGGUUCUCUUUCAGCAUCUGCCGGCCGCUUGCCGACGCACGCACCCAUAACUCUACUGCCAAAACGCGGCAGGUG